CAGCUGGCACGUUUAGAGACCACUCCUCCUCACCCUCCUCACCCUCCUCCUCCUCUCCCGGGUAUUUAACCCAGCACGGGAUGCUCGAGCUGCUCCUGCACGGAUCCACGGACAGACGGACGGACAGACGGGCCAAGGGAGGGGCUCAGGAAGGUUCCUUUAGAGCAGCAGGAAUUUCUGCUCCAAUGGAUAAAGGUCUUCACUUCACAAUCUGUGUGGUUACAACCGUGCUGCUCCUGAGGGAAUCAAGCCAGGCAGGAGCCGGGAGGAACGAUGACGCUGUGAGUAAGGGCACAGACUCCCGGGGAGCAGGCGAGGGGCUUCCAACCCUGACGGUCACAACCAUCCUGGAGGAUCCCUACGUGAUGGUGCGCGGAGCGGAGCUGGAGGGAUACUGCAUGGAGCUGCUGGCAGCCCUGGCGGGGAUGCUGCGCUUCCAGUACCGCGUCAAGGUGGUGGGAGACGGGCAGUACGGAGCCGUGGCCGCCGGCGGCAACUGGAGCGGCAUGAUCGGGGAGAUCCUCAGAAGGGAAGCUGACAUUGCAGUGGCUCCACUGACCGUCACCUCAGCCAGGGAGGAGGUGGUGUCCUUCACCACACCCUUCCUGCAGACUGGGAUUGGGAUCUUGCUCCGCAAGGACACGGCCUCCCAGGACCUGUCCUUCUUCCACUUCCUGUCUCCUUUCAGCAAGGAGACCUGGACAGCUCUUUUAUUCGCUUACCUGCUCACCUGCUUCUGCCUCUUUCUUGUUGCCAGACUGAGCCCCUGUGAAUGGAAUGAGCCGAAGAAUGAAGAGAACCACUUCACCUUCCUGAACAGCCUCUGGUUUGGGGCAGGAGCCCUGGCCCUGCAAGGUGCCACCCCCCGGCCCCAGGCGCUCUCGGUGAGGGUCAUUGCUGUGGUCUGGUGGCUCUUCACCCUGGCCCUGCUGGCCGCCUACAUCGCCAACUUCACGGCCCUCCUGAGCUCCGGCAGCGAGCAGCUCCCCAUCCAGACCUUCGAGGACCUGGUCAAGCAGAGGAAUCUGGAGUUUGGGACGCUGGAGGGCUCCUCGACUUUCUACUACUUCAAGAACUCCAAGAACCCCAUCCACCAGAUGAUCUAUGAGUACAUGGAGAAGAGGCGGGAGCACGUUCUGGUCAAGACCUACCAGGAGGCCGUGCAGCGCGUGAUGGACUCCAACUACGCCUUCAUCGGCGAGUCCAUCUCGCAGGACCUGGCGGCCGCCCGGCACUGCAACCUCAUCCGGGCCCCCGAGGUCAUCGGGGCCCGCGGCUUCGGCAUCGCCACGGCCCAGGGAUCCCCCUGGACCAAGCCCCUGUCCAUCGCCGUGCUGAAGCUGCGCGAGGCGGGCGACCUGGACUACCUGCGGAACAAGUGGUGGGAGAGCAGCUGCCUGCGCCAGAGCCGGGACCGCUGGGGGCCCCUGGAGCCGCCGGCGCUGGGGGGGCUCUUCCUCACCCUGGGCAUCGGCCUCGCCCUCGGCGUCCUCGCAGCCCUGGCCGAGCUCUCCAGCAGCAGCCGCCGCGCGGCCGCGCACGCCAAGAAAUCUUGUUGCUCUGUUUUCACAGAAGAAAUCUGCACUCGUCUACGCAUAAAAGGAGCUGCCAGACAAAGCCAGGAGCCGGCAGGGAAGGCAAAUGCUUAAGGAAUUUUUGCUGCAGGAAUGGGCCCGUGUUAGGGAUGUACCACGUCCUAGGAGCUCUAUCAGUGUAGGAAGAUGUUUUUCUGCUAGUCUAGAGUGUUAGUUUGCUAAUUACACACACACAGAGCACUUCUGCAGUGGCGGUGGAGCUGCAGACACAAGGAAAUUAAGUGGCUUGGAAGAAUUUAAGUGGUUUGGGGCAGAGGGGAACUGUGACAAAUCGAUAAACUGGAGCUGAGCUGGCCAGGAUGGCGGAUCCAUGUAUAGGUUUGAUGUUCACCCUGUAAGUCCAUGGAGGCCUGUAGGAGGAAGUGACUGGGGACAGGUUAAUGUGAAGCCUCUGCUACUAAUUCCUGUAUGAGGAAGUCGUGGAUCAUUGAAAGCUCUUGUCUGUCUGCUGUAACCAGGAACGGCAGCUUAAGCAUUGCAGCUAUAAAUAGCCUCACCCUGCCCUGCCUGAGCAGGUGCUGGUCCCUGGGAAGGCAAUUCCUGAAUCAGAACUGGCAGCGCUGCUGUGUAACCCCAGCCAGGCCCUGCCUGCACCCCAAACCCCACAAAGGGAGCCCCUGCCACCAAGGAACUGCUGGAGCUAAGAAAGGCCAGGCAGGGCUUGGCCUUUGUCCCUUCCCAUCACAGGACAAGGGCCACUGUUGGGUGACAGAGAAUGUUUUGUUCUUGUCCAAGAACUGAGGAGUGACAGCUGAAAUCCAUCAGCACCAGAGCAGGGAAGGAGUGUGGGGAUGAGUCAAACACAGCACAGCCCCAGCUCCCCUGCAAGGGGAGGUGUGAGGGAGUUCUGCAUCACUCUCCUGCUCUCAGAGAAUGCUGAAGUUCAGGGGAACCGUUUUCUCAGCUGCAUGUUAAACACUCUCCUCAUUAAGCUGUUUUCCCUUUUAGAGCUGGGAUGACUGAGGCAUGUAAGUGUCAGGGCAAAUUGGUGGUGAAAUCGCUCCAUUUAUGAACUGCACAG